CAUACCAUCGCCAUUCGUGUAAACGUAAAAUGGAGGUAAGUAAUGAUGGCAGAACUUCGCCCUCUGGUAGUUUAAAUAGUUCUCGAGAACGUUCAAACAGUGAUCCAGGUCGCAGAGAGAUGACCAUAGUCAUGAAUGGCGGGAACACUGUGCCUACAAGACGAACACCAGCGUUUAUAAACUCCACGGAAGUUGACAGUUCUGUCGCAAGUGCAAACUCUACCCCGAGUACACCUCCUCCUGUGCGACGAAGCAAAUUGGCAGUGAGUAUAGGAAGAUUACUUCGACCGUGGAAAUGGCGAAGGAGAAAGAAAAGUCAGAAGUUCAUCACCACUUCACAAAAUCUUGAAAGAAAAUUAUCGGUACGCACUAACAGAGAUGAGUUGAUAAAGAAAGGAAUCCUUCCAGUCACAUCUGAAGAGAAAGAAAACGAGAAUGAUUCAGGUGAAGUCCAAUGCAAUGGUCCAUCACUGGAAAACAGGCUGCCCAAUGAAAGUGAAGAGAAAUCCGUAAAAUCAGGUCAGCCAAGGAGUGCUUUGAGAACUCCACUUCAACAGCGAGACAAUCUACCUGCUGGAAAUCAAAUCAAGAAUGAUUUCCAAGUUCAGCAAUUAGAUACUUUGAGUAUGAUGGACCAGCUGGCUCAGGAAUUAGCUCGUCGAAACACUGGAGACAGUUCAACAAUUGAACAGACAGUCCUUCAAACUCAAAAUAAUAGACAUUGUAGUUCUAUUGGCCAACAACCAAGAUUUGUUGUUGUUCAAAGUGUUGGGAAAAAAACUAGUGGUGAAGAAGAAUGCUCAGAUAAUGAAAGUUUGCAACAUGCAAGUUCAGGAAGUGAAGGAAGCUUUUCUGACUCAGAGGAAGAGGAGGAAAAUCGAGGAAUUGUUACAGGCUUAGCAUCUAAGCUUAAAAGGAAGGAUAGUUUGGCUCAAAAAUUGAGAACAAGACCAAGUCAAGGUGAACUUGAGGCCAGAAACAUACUGCCAACAAAAACAGAGGAAGAAAAAUUAGAGAGGAAAAAUGAAGUUGGAACUAAACUUAUAAGACGGCUGAGCACACGACCUACUGCACAAGAACUUAGGGAAAGAAAUAUUUUGAAAUCAUCCUCAGAGGAAGAGGCUAAAGAAGAAAAGGAGGAAAAGAAAAGGGUGUUAACUAGAAAGUUAAGUAGAAGGCCUACAGUGCAAGAGUUGAGAGCAAAGAAGAUUCUUAAAUUUAACGAUUAUGUUGAAUGUGUUGAUGUCCAUGACUAUGACAGAAGAGCUGACAAGCCGUGGACUAGAUUGACUCCUGAAGACAAGGCUGCAAUUCGCAAAGAGCUCAAUGAGUUCAAGAGUAAAGAGAUGGAAGUGCAUGAAGAUAGUAGACAAUACACAAGGUUCCAUCGUCCCUAGUUUUAUACAGGCGCCAAGAGGAUUUUUACUUUACAUCUAUUUUUUUUGUUAGAUGGAAUUAUUAAAAGGACUCUAACUAGUAAAAAUAAUAUACUGUAAUGUACAGCUCACUCUAUUGCUGUAAAUAUUAUUAAUUUCAUAUUAUGAAUUUUUGUAAAGAAUUUAUAGAUUUUUAAAGUGUUUUUAAUAAUAGAUGUGGCAAGGGAAUGAGUAUCCUCUCAAUUGGAAAAAAAAAAGCAAAGGCCAUCUCUUUGCAACUAGGGCUUCAUAGAAGUAAAAUUCCUGAUCUGAGAGUUCUUAUUGGCAUUGCUAGUGUAAUAUCAUUCAGUAAAAAUGAAAAUUUAUGCAAGAUGUCUGUGACACUUGUUUGGCAAUAUAAUUGACAUUCAUUAUUUGAAUGGUCGUAAAUGGAGCAUACUUUGUUAAUUUUACCAGAUGUGUAUUGUAAACUUUUUGUUUUGUGAGUGACUUGCUGUGAGUUUUGGUUCACAUUUAUAUGAUGGCCAUAGUUACCACCUGACUGUACAAAUUUAAGACAUGGUGAUUAUUACAUUAUUAUAGUAUUAAUUCUACAACACUAGAGGGUUUGAGUACGGGAAAAAAAAAAAAAAAAAAAGAAGCAAUGGUGGUCCUCAACAUGCUUUCAUUUCAUACCAAGAUGCUUUAAUCAACUUGUUGCUUUCUUAUCCAUUGCUCCCACAAUUUUUUUGAAGGAAAGCAAUAUGUUUUGGGUUGGACUCAGAGACAUGUUUGUUGAGGGAUGAAAUGACUUUAAGAAGGGCUAAAGCAUUGAGAAAAUAAAAACCUGGAAAAACUAACAACAAACCAGUCUUGAAUAAUGCCAUGAGUUUGAGAGUGGGCUAAAACGCAUCUCUGCCUGCAAAAUGGGCCAUAAUGCCCAAUAGCAUCACUUCUAACAAAGAAAUAUUUUUCAUGUCUGUAAAUGUUCUCUCAAAGGAAUUAGCACUUAUACAAUUUUAGUAUUAAACUGGGGAAUGAAAAAUUAACCAUUCUUAUCUGUGCAUUUUCCCCCACAGCAAACAUAGUCAGUUGCACAUGAUCAUUAAUAGGAAUUGCAACAGGCAUUUGAUCCAAAAACCUUUCUAGCUCAUAGAGCAGACUAUACAUGUCAUGAUUUUGUUGGCCAUUUAGACUAUUUUGAAUGCUUUUGCUACCUGAGAUAGUUUGGGGGAAUUCAGAACCAUUAAUAUUUAUUUUAAUAAAUAUUUACCACUUUGUUUCUUGGAA